AUAUCCUCAAAUUACCUACAUGAAUCUCUCAAUUCUUAUUAUUAAGACCCAACCGUUGCCAUAAGUCAUCUUCUCUGCACUUCUUCUUAACUUCACUAUUCCAGAUGAAGACAGGGAUUGUCCUUGGCUUGCCACCACUUCCAUAGCCUGUGGAAUGAAGUCACCCUAACAAAUACACCUAUGAUAACAGGAAGCCCUCAACACGGAUAGUCAACACCAUGGAAACUCCGUGGAUCAACAAGUAUAUCCCGGUUGGGUGUUUAAAGAUACCUGCGGACGCCAGUGACCUCUCUUUACUUGAAGCUUUGAGCUCUUCUAAAUCACUAGAUUGGGAGUUCUUUGCUCGUCAGCAUGAGUUGCCCGCUCAACACCGUCUUCCUAUACAUCUACAAGACACGCUUCUGAAGCAGAAAUUCUUACAGCCCUUCUACGGAUUAUGGAUAAACCGAUGGAUUCAGAUGUCUUUUCGCCGGAUUUCCGAGCCGGAUAGUGUGGGACGCAUCCGAAUUUACAUUCUACCUCAAGACGUAGACAGAGGCGUCAUGAUAUUUAAGCAUGACUUAACGAGAGCGACUUUAUGCCUGUUAUCUCAACUCGAUUACUCUCCAGACUACUGGAAUGGAGGAACCGGAACUACCUACCAAGGCCACCCAGUACCAUCCCACCAAGACCUACUCGAAGGCGAGGAUACCUCGCUUCUAUCCAUGUUCAACAACGUUCCUUCACCGGACCCUCGCUCAGACUUAGAGCCGAAUCCAGAUACCCGUGAUGGGAUGGAGUGCUUAUUACAGAGUGACAUCCCUGGCAUAACUACGAAGUUAUUCCCUUAUCAAGGCAGAUCAGCUGCACUUAUGCUUCAACGCGAGGAAAACCCUAAGAGGAUUGUUGACCCUCGUUUUCAGUCGGUGCUUGAUCAAAAUGGGAAGGCUUGGUAUUACGAUAACGUCUCGGGUAUUGUCCUAAGAGAGCCGCGAUAUUACGACGGAGUGCGCGGUGGAAUUCUUGCAGAAGAAAUGGGUACUGGAAAGACCCUCAUCUGCUUGGCCCUGAUUAUCAGCACCAAGGGCGAACCAACCAAAGUUCCGGAGCCUUUUACUGCCGAAAUCGCCCCUCGCGUGAAUGCGAGCUUAGUGGAUAUGGCAGCGGCAGCAGUAAACAAGAAUUCGAUACCGUGGAGAGUCUUUUUCGAGACUUAUGCUACUCAGCACGGCCGUGACUACCGGAACUGCAAAGAGGCCUUAGAAAAACCAGAGAACCGUGCCCUGUAUAAAAUCCGGGACGUCUUCAUAGAGCCACGAAGAAGUAACAGGUCGAUACCCAAAACCUCAGCACCUAAAGAAGUCUUUCUCAGUUGUGUUACACUGGUCGUGGCUCCCAACAACCUUGUCAAGCAAUGGCGCGACGAGAUCAAGAAGCAUACCACCGGUCUAAAGGUUCUCGUCCUAGUGGAGAAACAAGAUAUUCCACCAGUCUCUGAAUUGCUGUCCUACGACUUGAUUCUCUUUUCUGAAAGUCGCUUCGAGCUGAUCCAGAAAGAGCAGAACCAGUAUUGCCCGCUUGAGCACAUUCGAUUCAAGCGGUGCAUUAUUGAUGAAGGUCACAAACUAGGCCACAAAAGCCGAGGCUGGAAAAGCGAUGUGCUGAGAGUACUAGAUCGCCUUGAAAUCUCCGCUCGUUGGGUUGUAACAGGAACCCCUUCGAGAGGCUUGUAUGGUGUCGAGGGAAUCUCGGAGAGUGGCGCCAAUGGAACAAUGCAGUCAACUUUACGUCAGGAGCGCGAGGACCUGCAAAGAAUUGGCAAUAUUGCUACGAAGUAUCUCAAGGUUCGCCCAUGGAUGAAUACAAAGGACGAGGUCGGCGAUAGCGUCGCUGAUUGGAACGUGUAUGUCAUGCACAGAGAACAGCACGCCAAGGGUCACAACCGCAAAGACUGUUUGCGAACAACCCUCAAUUCACUGAUCAUUCGCCAUCGGCUUUCGGAUAUCAGCACCCUUCUACCGCCGGUAGAGGAGAAGAUCGUAGUCCUCGACGGGUCUUUCCAGGAUAGGCUGUCUUUGAAUCUCUUCUCCAUGAUGAUCAUAUUCAACUCAGUACAAUCGCAGCGCACGGAUAUGGAUUAUUUCUUCCACGAAAGACAGCGCAAGAGUCUGAUCCAACUCGUCAAGAAUUUAAGACAGGCAUGUUUCUUCGGUGGCGUAUUCUACUCUGUCGAAGACAUCGCCAAGUCUUUGGAGACUGCGGAGGAAUUUCUCGCGAAAAAGGAGGUUCAGAUUAGCAACGAAGACGAAGAGCUACUAAAGGAAGCAAUUGAUUUCGGCAAGAUUGCCGUAAAAAAUCGGCUGAAAGACAUCAGUAAUAAAUUCCACGCGAUGCCAUUGUACAUGGACAACUUCCCCGGAGGCAAUGGGAAGAGUUGGUCACUUGAUGAUCAAGAGGCCGAUGGCCAGCCCAUCUGUACCGAUGCUGGGAUGAUCCUCGCGCUUCAGAAGUUCUUAAACCCCUGUAUCGAUGCCCCAACGUCUUUACAGUUAAUGAUUGAGAGUGGCCGGCUCGAUCAGCAAGGUCUAGCUGAGCGCUCUCAAGCCCUAACGUCUGCGGCGGAUGCUUCUGGUCAAUCGACGACGCAAUCAACUCAGGCUUCCCAAUUGGCCGGCAAUACUGCUCUGGGUGAUGACCAUCACCUAAAGCCGAAAUCAGGGACUUUGGAGAAGGCGACAUCAUCACCUACCAAGAGAGAUCAAGAGAACAGCGCGGGCCUAGAAAGCCACAUUAAGAUCGCCGAACCUCUGGAAAAGACCAGGAUCAUCUCCACCGUUUCGGCUAAGUUAUCCUAUCUUAUUGACUCUAUCGUUAAGUAUCAAGAGGAGGAGCAAAUCAUUAUCUUCUAUGAUAACGACAACAUCGCAUAUUAUUUGGCUGGAGUACUUGAAAUUCUGCAAAUCCAACAUCUGAUCUACUCGAGAGUCGGUCUUAACUCAGAAAGACGAGCGCAAUACGUCGCUACGUUCACGUACAAUCAGAAAUUUCGGGUCCUGCUGAUGGAUCUCACACAAGCAGCUUUCGGUCUCGACAUGCGCAGCGCUUCGCGAAUCUAUUUUAUCAGCCCUGUAUUGAACCCGCAGGUUGAAGCUCAGGCCAUUGGAAGAGCGCGACGUAUCAGCCAACAAAAGCCAGUGUCAGUCGAGACGCUCGUUUUGCGGAACAGUAUCGAGGAAGUCAUCGUCAACCGUCGUAAACAGAUGACGCAUGCGGAGCAUAGCAAAGUCAAGUCUAUCCUCGAUGACCGGUUAAUAUACCAGUGGAUUUUGAAUGCGAAGAUCCAGCCAAUGUCCGACGAGCAAGACAGCGUCGCGCAGACUGCGAUGCUGAAAAUUCCACAAUUCGUCUUCGGUAGAGGAUUUGGUAGGGAGCUUCACCCUGAUGAAGGACUGAUCACAGGUACCCCGGAGGCCAAGACGCAUACAGCAACGGCAAAUAAAACUUCCCCAAUACCAUUUAAGGUAACUAGAGGCCGAAAACGACCAACUCCGGAGAUUUCGGCAACCGACGAUGAAUCGCGAGGUGAUGAUCCUCACGCUGAGGCUCAAGAGCCGCCUCGAAGACGCGCGCGAGUGGCAUUUGCAGAAUAAGGGAUACCAAUAAGUCAAUCGUACAGAUAUACUGCUAAAUCAGGUGGCAAAUUUACGACGAAAGCCGAAAUUGCUUAGCACAAUAUCAACAUGAUAAGAACGUAGGACGAAAAGAUUACAAGGGACGGAAGCUAUUUUGCCUUCCGAUAGCAAAGUCGCCAGACACAUACCGCACAUCUAACGCAUAUCGUCAGUUUGCACAUAUUUGCUUCAUCUGCGGUGGAUUUGAGUGACCACAGAAUUAAGGGGCAGAAGUGAGCUCCUUUGAUUUAUCGCUGCCUUACAUAGCUAUUUAAUGCCAAAUGAAUUAUUGCU